AUGAAGCCUUUUGCUCUUUCAUCUAACAUGGAACUGGACGAUGUGAAUACAAAAUCAUCAAGUGCAGAUGUCGAUGAUGAUUUAAACGUUGACGAUCAAGUCUAUAAAAGAAGUCAUAGUGAUCAUCAAUUGCAUAUUGCGAAUAGAGAACAUCGAGAACACCGUCCACGACAAACCUCACUGUCUGGUGCCCCAAUUUCUGUAAUCUACGAAGUACCAACUGAUGCAAAGGACGGUGAAAUCACUUUUACACCGCCGCCAACGGCUGCUUCAGCUAGCUAUGCUAAUCAUCAACAUCGUCGAUCGACUGGAACAGGACCCCAUGAGCGACAAUUAUCUAUACUCGAUCCGAUGUCCGACCGUGUUAGUACUAUUCUUGUUUGGCAAAAUUUAGCUGUUUCUACGCGAAUAAGCAAACGACAACAAUUCAUUCACAACUUGAGAUCUAAAGGUCCUCCACUAACAAGCAAACGCUUAUUACAUAACGUUAGUGGAGCUAUCACUGGUGGAUUGUGGGCAGUCAUGGGUCCAUCUGGCUCUGGUAAAUCCACUCUUCUCAAUACAUUAGCUUGUCGUCUGGAUGUCAACACCGUGGUCGAAGGUGAAAUGCGUCUCAAUGGUGCACCGUACGAUAAUGCUGAAUUGAAGCGUGUUUCGGGUUAUGUUAUGCAAGAUGAUUUGUUGAAUGGCUAUUUGACUGUCGAAGAAACAUUGAUGUAUACAGCUGAACUGCGAUUACCAAGAACAUUCACCGAUAAAGAAAGACGAGAUCGUGUUGAUGACGUUCUUAAUGACUUAGGCUUAACACACGCUCGGCACGAUAUCAUCGGUAGUCAACUAAGACAAGGUAUAUCUGGUAGUGAACGUAAGCGUUUGUGUGUUUGUAUGCAAUUGCUCAAUCGACCGCAACUGUUGUUUCUCGAUGAACCAACUACGGGCUUGGAUUCAGUGACAGCUCUUGACCUGUUGUACACACUCAAUGCACUUGCUCAUGGUAAAUCACAGGAUAAAGCUGUCACCAUCGUCUGUUCGAUCCAUCAGCCUCAAGCUAAAAUAUUCAACUUAUUCGAUUCCAUAGUUCUACUCAAAGCAGGUCAUAUCAUCUAUCAAGGUUCAAGAAAGAUGUCCACUGAAAUAUUUCGUGCCGCUGGACAUCCUUGUCCCUUGUUCACCAAUCCCGCUGAUCAUUUACUGGAUGUAAUCACUCCACCAAAGAGUGGUGCAAACAAUAGUGAUGAACCUCAACUAACACUCGAACAACAAGCAGCUGUUGAUGAAGCAAUUGUGAAAGCACAACCACCCAUCGAUAUUGACCUUAACUUGGGUGUAAAUAAACGUGUUGGUCAAAUGACCAAUAUACCGCCGAAUCCAACGUGGCACAAACAAAUUCGAGUACUCGUUCGGCGUAAUUUACGUGAACAGUCACGUAAAAUCAACAUCAUAAUCACCUCGAUUUUACAAACAGUUAUCAUGGCCGUUUUGAUUGGUACAGUUUUCUUGAAAAUUGGAACUAAUCAAGCAAGUGUGGUCCGACGUGAACCAGUGAUUUUCUUUUGUGUAAUCAAUCAAGGUGUCUUUGGUGCAUUAACUGUUAUCAACUCGUUUCCAGUUGAACGAACGUUAACACUACGUGAACGAGCAUCAGGCACAUACUUCGCUAGCGCGUAUUUCGUGGCCAAGAUCAUCUCCGAUACACUUGUUCAACUACCCAUUCCAAUUAUUUUUACAUGUAUUGUAUAUUUUCUGAUCGGCUUACAACCUGUUGCUGGGAAGUUCUUUAUCUUUAUGUUAUUCAUUGUACUGUGUUCAGUAACAUCGACUUCACUAGCACUGAUGAUCUCUGCUAUAUGUCGAACGACAGCGCUGAGUGUCACUGUUUUACCUAUGGUGCUUGAAGUGACACGUCUUUUCGGUGGAUUUUUCAUUGCUCCAUCACGUGUACCAGGCUAUUUAUCAUGGCUUGAUGCAUUAUCUUAUAUAAAAUAUUCAUUUGUUGGUGCUGCAUUAAAUGAAUUGAGCGGCUUAAAAUUAAGCUGUGAUGGAUUAAAAACGACACGUUACAACGACACGUAUUCAAUCAAUGCAACAUGUAUACAAGUUGGUGAUCAAACUAUACACGAUCGUGGAUACGAUUAUAUUAGUAUUGGUGGAUGUAUUGGUGUUCUAGUUGCUUUCAUAAUAUUCUGCCGUGGUUGCGCUUUCCUUGGUGUCCGGUUUCUCAAACAUUAA